AUGGAGGUUUCGUCGCUUGUUCGAAAGCUGGGACAUGAAUCCAUGCAGAUCCGGAAACAUGCUAUGUCCUCUAUCUUGUUCAAAAUCAAGCAGAAGCUUAUCUGUAUUCCGCAGUUGUGGGAAGCAGACCUCAUGAUUUUCCCUCUUCUUUUGGAAUGGUUCAACUACCCAAAUGCGCCGUUACAGCAAGAAGUCUUGGAGCUGGUACAUAGUAUCUGUUCCGCUUAUCCAGAUGCUGCUUCCACAUUCACUCAAGUUGGGGCCAUUCCUUUCUUUCAGGAGAUGAAAAGGCAUUGCAAUAUUGCUCUCAAAGAAUGUGUUGGAUCAGUCUUGAAUAUUCUCUUGUCAACUCCAAGAAAUGAAAAUCUUGUCAAGGACGUCCUCAUUCGUUCCAAGGUGAAGGGAUUGUUUUAA